UCAAAUCACGGUCACUAAAGAGAUCUGAAGAAUUGAGAAACCUAGAAGAGCAGCUCCAAUUAUAUUCGGCUUAUCUGAAUUCGGACCUUGAUGGAAUUCGCAAGUUUAUGCAAUUGUUCAGAAGUCGCGAAGACCGCGUCAACGAGUUUCGUGCGGUAACCAUAUGGCUGGAUAUGUCGAAAGAUAAUAUUAAGGCUGAGAACUGGUGGGAAAGAUUGCAUUGUCUAUUGAGAGUGUGUGAAUUGGCCUAUCCUUUUUUAGCUCCUCGAGGAAAUGAAAAUCUUACGAAAAUUAACAAAGAUUUUCAGAAUAUUUUCGUUGUAAACGAAGUUGAGAAUCAUCCACAAAAACGAAAAAUAUCUUCUGACAAUCACCUUAUUCAUUUGCUAAACAAAAAUAAUGCAGAGGAUACUAUAGAAGUCUCGGAAAAUUGGCAUGUGUAUGAUGAGAAUAAUCUAAACUCGACUAUCUCGCAAUUCCUUGCUUC